AUGCGAAGGUCAGUCCCUUCCCGUCAAUCCUCACAGAAACUGAAGGACAAUCAGUCUUUCUAUGAAGGUGAUGUUGACAAAUUCCAGAAUGGUUCCAUCAUGUCUAUUAAGCUCAAAGAUUUCAUGACUUUCGAAAAAAUCACUAUUCAGCCAGGUGCUGGUCUUAACUUAAUCAUUGGUCCAAAUGGUUCAGGUAAGUCCACAAUUGUAUGUGCAGUUGGUCUCGGACUUGCAUCUUCACCAUCAAUUCUUGCAAGAACAUCAAAGUUGUCUGGCUUCAUUCGCCACGGGUGUUCAAUAGCAUCAAUCAAAAUUUUACUUAAAGCAGAUGUUCCUUUUUGGGUUAACCGCCGAAUUAAAACAGAUAAUUCCUCAAAAUGGCGAAUAAAGAACAUAAACGGCAAAUGGAAAGACUCUUCAGCCGGUGAAGUAUCUCAACGUGUAUCUGCAUUACAUAUACAACUUGACAAUUUAUGCAUGUUUUUACCUCAAGAGAGAGUUAAAGAAUUUGCAACGUUAAAGCCACCUCAGCUUCUUACGGCAACAGAGCAAGCCAUCAAUCAGGAAGUUUACGACACUCAUCAAGCUCUUUUGAAAGAUUUUCAACGACAUUCUGAGAUGUCUCAAAAAAUUAAUGACUUAAAUACAAAUAUUACAACAUAUCAAUCUCGUUGUCAGCAAUUAAGGGUCGAAGUCGACAGACUGGCCCAAAGAGACGAUUGCCAGAAGCAAAUUGAAAAAUACGAAAAAGCUAUACCGUGGGCUGAACAUCGUGCAGCCAAAAUAGAAUAUGCGCAAUGCAAGAACGAUUUACAAGUAGCUCUUACCAAUUACGAUCAAAUUGCCCAGAAUAUCCGACCAUUAUCCGAGAAAAAGGACCAAAUACAGCAAAAAGUGAAGAAGAACAACGACGAUCUUGGCCGUGAAACCAAUCUCUGCCAUAACCUCAAAUCAGAAGUCCUCCAAAUGAGUAAUCAGAAAUUUGAAUACGAUAGAACGAUUUCUGAAUCGAAACAACAGCUUACAAGGGUGAAAGAGAACAUGGACCGAGUCAAGAAUGAUGUUGACCAGCUCACCAACGCUAUCCAGAUCGCUGAAUCCAAAAUCGAAGGAAUCGACCAAGAUAUCGAACCGUUACGUCAACAAAAGAGGGAACUCAUGCAACAACUGAACGAUGUCAAGCGUGCCAGUGCAGAAGCAGCCGGUCUUAUUGAGCCAAUUCGUAGAGAAAGAGGUCGAAAACAAAAAGACCUGGAAGAGAUCGAUAACGACCUCAGGAAGUACCAGAACCAAAAGAAACGUCUUCUGGAUCACAUAGCACAGAACUUAAGACGCCACGACGUCGUUGAAUUAUAUAAUUAUAUCGAAAGUCGCCGUAACACGUUCAAUGCCAAUGUUUACGGACCAAUAUGUGCGGAACUCAACUUUAAAGACGUCAAAUACUCCAAUAUCCUCCAUAUGGUUGUUGAAAAUCAUUAUUUAUUUGCAUUCCUGGCCGAAGACGAAAGCGACAGAGAUUCUAUCGAGAACUUCUGUCGGCAGAAGCAUUUCACUCGUAUUACCUUGCUUAGAGCUAGUGACAACUUCAAAUUAUCCCAACAACAGAAGAUGUCGCAACAAAACGCUCCACCAUCACUUGCAAGGGACGGAUUCCCUUCCUACGUGAUAGAUACAUUCGAUGCACCUCCAAUGGUCAAACAGAUGCUUAACUCCAUGGCUCAAUUAGACAAAGUUCCCAUUGGAGGACAUGAAACAGCAAGAAAAAGCAUCGGAAGACUCUGUGAAGAUGUUUUUCCACAAUACAACAUUAAUAGAUAUGUUCUUGAUAACGUUGUCUAUUACAUCAAGCGAUCAAAGUAUUCCGCCAAUGUUUCCACACUUAGUAUUUCUAUCAGACAAUCAAACAUUUGGAGAGAAGCAUCAGCAGGAGCAGAAAACAUCAAAAUGUUGCAAGCUAAAAAACAACAGAUAGAAGAAUCAAUGAAUAAACUUGCAGAAGAAGAAGCGAAGCAAAGACAAGAAGCAAACAGAUUCACAAGCCAAAUUGAAACACUUUCUAAUGAGAUCCAAGAUAUAAGUAAAAGAAUCAAAGAUCACGAAGGAAUCAAAGAGAAAGUUCGUCAACUGAAAAUGAAGAAAGAAAUCAAACAAAAAGAAUAUGAUGAACACCCAAGAAAAAUCGAACAACUCAAUCAAAAGAUUACAAAAGCUAUUGAUAACUUUUCAAAUCUUUUGAUUAAAAUCAAAACAAAACUUGUUGAUUUCAAUGUUCAUCGAAUUAAAUACGAUGUUUUGUCACAGAAACGAGAUAUUCUUCAAGCGGAAUUCGAUGAUUGCAACAUGGAAUUGCAGCGCGAGAGACAAAAAUACUCAGAAUUGGAAAGAAACAUCAAAGUUCUGAAAGAAAGACGUGAUAAUCUUCACAGGAAAGAACACCAACUUAAAGAGAUUGCAGAAGAAAAAUGUCCUCGUACACCAGAAAACAUCGCAAUGCUGUCAACACUUUCAUCUGAUGUAGAAUCAUUGAAAGACCAACUCGAACAGUUCAAAUCUCGUCUUGCAAGUUUCUCUUUCAUCAAUGAAGAAGCGAAACAAAGAUAUGAUGAUGCAGAAUCUAAAUUGAAUGAAGCAACAAAUAGUUUGAACAAAAUCUCUAAAGAUGCGAAUGAACUCUUGGAGAACUGCAACAUUCGUUUCAGCGAAUGGAAGCAGAAGAUGUCACUUGAUGUUAAGAAGAUGUCUGAAUCAUUCUCUAAGUUGAUGUCUACAUGCAAUUACAGAGGCGAAGUCAAACUCGGUUUCGAUGAUGCGAAUAAGAUCGACACAUACAAGUUAAACUUGUUAGUUGCAUUCAACAGAGAAAGUCCUCUUAACAUCCUCUCAUCAACACGACAGAGUGGUGGUGAGAAAAGUGUUACAACACUUAUGUUCCUCCUGGCACUUCAAGACUGCACUAAGUUCCCAUUCCGUGUUGUCGACGAGAUCAACCAAGGCAUGGACGAAACAAACGACAGGAACGCAUUCAAUCAGAUCAUGCAGUACACAAUGAGUCACAACCAGGAGAGUCAGUACAUCUUAGUCACACCAAAGUUGCUGCCUAACUUGGAAGAGUUGGCGGGAAUCACAGUUAUGGUUGUUAUGAACGGUCCUUACAUCGACGACAACUUGACGAAUCCAAUCACAUUCAUGACAUCCGCAGACGAAAAACAACUUCAACAGAGACAAUCUCAACAAAGUCAAAACGAACUUGAAUAA